UUGCUGAUGUCCUGGCUCAUUAAAGAAUUUUCACAUCAGAAAGCCUUUUUCAUUCCAUUCAUCUCCAACUUAUUCUUUCUCCUCUUUUUUCUAAUUUCUUUUUGAUGGAAUUUCUCCAACUUCUUUGAGCACUAUCACAUAAAAACACAGUAAUUAACGGAUCAUACAAUAUUUUUAAAAAAAAUAAAAUGCCUUCAUUAACAACAUCAAUCUCCAACCAUUUACAAUCAAGAACUACCCAAUUGAUUAUUUUACUUGUAAUUCUUUCUUUGCUUAUUUUCCUUACCAUCCCAUUUACAUCACUACCAGGAAUAUCAUUAACUCUAAACACUUCCUCCUUCAUUACAGCAGCCCCUUCUCCGGGCGGACCCGGCCCGGCCGUAAAUGGGUCGGGUUUGAAGGAUGAAGGGUCAAAUUUUGUUGGCAUAAGUAUUAGUUCAUCAUGUGAUUUAUAUGAUGGGAAAUGGGUUUAUGAUGAAUCGUACCCGAUUUAUGCACCCGGGUCUUGCUCAUAUGUUGAUGCGGCCUUUAAUUGCUUCAAGAAUGGGCGCUCUGAUCUUGCUUAUAUGAGCUAUAGAUGGCAACCUCAUGGGUGUGAUCUUCCAAGGCUUAAUGCCAAGAAGAUGAUGGAGAUGUUAAGAGGAAAGAGGCUGGUGUUUGUGGGGGAUUCGCUAAAUAGGAAUAUGUUGGUGUCUCUAAUUUGUUCCUUGAAGAUGUUCAAAAAUUCCAAGAGUUCGACGAAAAAGGGGUUCAUUUCCCAUAAAUUUGAGGAAUAUAAUUGCAGCAUAAUCUUCAUCACAGCACCAUUUCUAGUCCAACAUGGGGAACUUCAACAAAGAGAAACAUUGAGGCUGGACAUGAUGGAUGCUAGUGCCUCCAACUACCAUGACGCUGAAUUUCUCAUAUUUAACACUGGACGUUGGUGGAAUCCCAAUAAAGUAAAAAAUGGGGUCAAUUAUUUUCAGGAAGGAAAUGUUUUACAUAGCAAAAUGGAAGUAGGAGAAGCAUACGAAAAAGCUAUAAACACUUGGGCAAGAUGGGUUGACGAAAAUGUUAACAGGAAUAAAACCCAGGUGUUGUUUGUGGGCUAUUCUGCUUCUCAUUUCGGAGAAAAACAAUGGAAUUCAGGAGGGGCAUGUGAUAAGGAAAAAGAACCAAUCGUAGAUGACAAGUUACUAACACCAUAUCCGUGGUUGAUGAGAACUUUUGAACAUGUGAUUUCUAAUAUGAAGACGCCAAUUUUGUAUAUGAAUCUAUCGAAGAUGACCGAUUAUAGAAAAGAUGCGCACCCAUCGAUAUAUCGUGGAUCGAGGACUAAAAGGAAGAAUGGAAUUAUUGUCCAAGAUUGUAUGCACUGGUGCCUCCCUGGUGUUCCUGAUUCUUGGAACCAACUUGUGUAUGCUUCUUUGUUGCUCUCUUCUAAUGUAUCUAGUGGUCAUCAAUAGCAUUUUUUUAUAAUGUUUUUUUGUCCUCUAUUAUUUUGUUUAGAACUCUCUCUAGUGAUGCAUGCUUCAAAUUAUCAUAAAUUUUAAUGUCGUCUUUAUGUAUGAUAGCUUGUUAUGUACCCAAAAAAAUCAUAAAACAAUUUAUAAAGUAAUUUUACACUGUUA